AUGAAAGAAGCCUCAAAGUCUGCUUACAAAAAUAUUGAAUUCGAUCAUUGUUAUGAAUGGCGUAAGCAAACUGAUUAUGCUUACACUGACCCAUAUUUAAUGAAUUUUUACUUGCCUAUGGAGCAAACUGGAGGGAAUUCAUCCAAGCGUUCUCUAUCACAUACAAGAAUUCAAUGCAGAACUAAAAAACGAUGGACUAAUUUACUCCUGCCCAUUGAAACAUCAUCAGAUGAGAAUAUAAUUAUUGCAGAUGGCAAACGAAUUGGAGAAUUAUUUAAAUUUAUUGAUAAAUUCUCCCUUUUUUGUUCAUUUUUAUGGUGA